AUGGGACUAGGAAAUCAAACAAAUGCUUUAGAAUUUAUACUGCUGGGAUUUUUCCAAGACUCAGAGCAUCAACUGAUGUUAUUUGGAUUGUUCCUAUCCAUGUUUAUAGUCACCUUCCUUGGGAACCUGUUCAUCAUCAUAGCCAUUGUCUCAGAUUCCCAUCUUCAUACACCCAUGUACUUCUUUCUCUUCAAUCUGUCUUUUGCUGACAUUGGUUUCAUCUCUACAACCGUCCCAAAGAUGCUGGUGAACAUUCAGACACAGAGCAGAUCCAUCACCUAUGCAGGCUGCAUCACCCAGAUGUAUUUUUUUAUGGUUUUUGGAGGCAUGGAUACCUUCCUUCUCACUGUGAUGGCUUAUGACCGGUUUGUAGCCAUCUGUCAUCCCCUACACUAUCCAGUCAUCAUGAACUCCUAUUUGUGUGGCCUCCUGGUUCUUACAUCCUGGUUAAUCAGCUUGUCAUAUUCUCUGAUCCAGAGUCUGUUGAUGCUGCGUCUAUCCUUCUGUACCAAUUGGGAAAUUCGACACUUUUACUGUGAACUUGCUCAGGCCCUCAUGCUAGCUUGUUCAGACACACUGAUCAAUCACAUAAUACUCUACAUGGUGACUGGCCUUCUUGGAUUUGUUCCCUUUUCAGGGAUCCUUUUCUCUUAUACCCGGAUUGUCUUUUCCAUCCUGAGAAUUCCAUCAACAUAUGGAAAAUAUAAAGCUUUUUCUACCUGUGGGUCUCAUCUAUCUGUGGUUUCUUUAUUCUAUGUGACAGGUCUUGGUGUAUACCUCAGUUCUGAAGCAUCAUCAUCUUCCUGGAAGGGCAUGAUGGCCUCAAUGAUGUAUACUGUGGUCACCCCCAUGCUGAACCCCUUUAUCUAUAGCUUGAGGAACACAGACAUUAAGAGGGCCCUGAAGAAACUACUUGGUAGUACAUUUUAUGUUCAGUGA